AUGCGCCUCUUCGUCCUCGCACUCGGCCUCAGCAUGGCAGCUGGCUCCCUGGCUCUCAUUGUUGCUGAGGAGCAGCAUCCAAUGAAGGUCGAUCGCCCUGUUCAUACCAUGGCUGGGUGGAGUUACGAGGAUUGUGGACUUGACACCGAUCCCGUUCAGAUUAAGUCCAUUGAAGUCUUUCCCGACCCACCCAAGCCUGGUGAAGAUUUGACGGUGCGGGUCAAGGGGACUACCAAGGAGACGAUAGUGGAUGGGGCAUAUGCAGAGGUAGUGGUCAAGCUUGGUCUAAUCAAGCUCUUGAGGAAGACAUUCGAUCUGUGCGAUGAAGCACGCAAAUCACAUACAUCUCUUCAGUGCCCAGUCAAACCUGGAGAAUAUACUGUUGAGCAUACAGUUGCACUUCCCAAGGAAAUCCCGAAAGCCAAAUUCGCUGUCAACGUCAGGGGCUUUAUGGUCACUGAGGAAGACAUGUUGUGCCUCAACCUGAAGGUUGACUUUAUGGAGAAUCCUUUCCCUCAUAAACUGUAA